AGCCUCGCUGAGGUAAUGCGUUUGCCGCUGUGGAUCACCGCUUGAAGGACCGAAGCCGCACAUUCGCCGUCAGAGCGCUCCCGACGUCCCGGAUGGAGACGGACUUUGCUCUUUCAGGACUCGUUUCUCCAGAAUAUGGCUGUCAUCCACACUAACAGACCUCACACUGAGCCAGAAAAGCUUGGUCCAAACUGGUCCAGUCACAUCCAGCCUACCUGAUCCUGGACUCACAGAGUUCUGAGUAUAAGCUGGUCUCAGCGGACCGCUCCUCCAGGGUCAGAAUGCACCAGCUGUUUAGUCGGGUCCUCGGCCAGAGGGACCUGUCUAGAGCAGGAGACCUGUUCUCUCUAGAGGACACGGAGAUCGAAGACGGCCUGUCUGAAGCUCUGGAUCAGAUCAAGGACAUCUCCUGUUCACCAGACUAUUUGACUAAUGACAAUGAUCAGGCCGUGGUCGAGAUUUGCAUCACACGCAUCACCACGGCGAUCCGAGAGACCGGCUCCAUCGAGCGACACAGCACGGCCCUGGUGGGCCUGUGGGAGUCUUGUCUUGAACAUAACCUCACUCCUCAAGGGGAAAGCACAGAAGACACGCCGCACGCAAAGAUAGCCUCUGACAUCACCAGCUGCAUCCUGCAGAACUACAGCUGCCCCUCAGUCAUGGCGCUGGCUGUUCCAGUGGCGGUGCGAUUCCUUCAGAGAGGGAACCGAGAACUGAGCAGGAACAUGUCCAGCUAUCUCUCACUGGCUGCUAUAGCAAAAGCUGACUUGCUGGCUGAACAUACAGAGGCCAUAACCAUCAGUGUGCUGGGAGGUAACCACAUGAUGCUACGUGUGCUGCCAUCAGUCUACCCCAAACAGCCGCACACUAUCCACCAUCACCUGGGCAGCCUCACAGCGAUGAUGCCCCGGCUGGAGACACCUGAGCAGCAACACCUGAUCAGACUUAUUCAGAUGGUUGCAGAGCAGCAUCCACUUAUGCUGAGCACAAAUGUGCCCACACUGGUCAGUUACCUGAGUGAGCCCACUCUGACCGAGGCUUUGCUGGGCGCUCUCGUGGAUGUUUCCCAGGCCAGCCCCUCGUCACUGGUCAGCUUUUUGCCAGCGCUAAGGAUGGUGGGACAGCAGUCUGCUGUCUUUCUCAGUCAUGUAGCCAAAAUCCAUGGUGCUAUUGGAAUCCUCAAUGAGAUGCAUGCCCACACCUCAUUGGUCUACCUGGUGUCCCUUCUGGGCAGCAUGGAGCACAGCUUUCACCACACCUUGCUGCAGGAGAUUAGAGCUCUGACUGACAGAUACCCAUCAUUACUGGGAGGUUGUGGGAAAGACAUCUACAGAAUGAGCAACUCAUUCACUGCCAUAGCCAGAGUGUUGGAAAGACGACUGGAGGACAAAACCACCCUUCACUGCAGGGUGGAAGACGCGUGUCCGUCUUCAGGUGGAUCUCUCCCUGCUGGUCGAGGAGGAGGGACAUCUGAGCAGCGACUGCAGGUAAAAGUCCAGAAUUUUGACGAGAAAACUCAAAAUGUGGGAACGACAGAGGAGGAAGGGGAGGAGUCUCCUCCGCAGCAACGACGCCACAGCCUGAGCCAAGGCGUCAAGGAGGAGAGACGGGAGAUGAGAUUCAACAGGUCAAAGAGCCUGGCUCUCCAUAUUGCGCGUUCGCGCUCCAUCAGCUCAGAUACAGGAGAGGACAGCGAAGCCGUAGAGCCGAGCACAGAGAACUGCCUUUCCAACGCUCAGUCAAAUCAGGCCUCAGGCAGCCAUGAAGUCUCACCGGCAGAAAAGAAACUGACAAGUGACAACUCCCUGUCUGUCACAGCAGAGAAGAAGGAGGUGGAAAAAGCUGAGAUCAAAGAUGAGAACGGAGAGGAAGCAGAACAGGAGCAAGCCGACAGACUCUUCAUCCAUUUGAGAGACAAUAUGGAGACGAUCAGGGAGUUCUGCAAAGACAUGGCGAAGCGGAUCCCGGUUCCAGAGCAGUGUGUGAUUGAAGAUUCAAAUCGAGGCUGCGUGGCCAAGCUCUCGUUCUCCUGUCCGCUGAAGGGAUACUACUGCCUGUACGCCAAAUCCAGUUUCCUCCUGACCAGCCAACAGCCUCACCUUUGGAUUCACAUCAUGCUGCUGCAUCUGCAGAGCAAGUCAAGUGCCACUCUGUGCAGUAGAGACAAAAGUGUCGAAAGAUUGGCUUCUCUUUGGGAGAAGACGCAGCUUAAAGGAUCACACAGCUUUUCCAUGGCAAUGACACAACAAUCCACCCCACAAAGAAAGGACUUGGACAACCUUCACAUCCAGCUGGAGGAGGUGCGCUUCUUUGACCUGUUUGGGUUCAGCGAAGAGGAGGGGGGCUGGCUUUGCUUCAUGUGUAACAACCCAGAGAAGGCCACAGUCGUGAACCAGGAAGGACAACCUCUGAUCGAAGGGAAGCUGAAGGAGAAACAGGUCCGCUGGAAGUUCAUCAAGCGCUGGAAGACCCGCUACUACACCUUGGCAGGGAACCAGCUCCUCUUCCGCCGGGGAAAAUCUAAGGAUGAGCUGGAUGACAUCCCCAUAGAGCUGAGCAAAGUGCAGAGUGUCAAGGUAGUAGCUAAGAAACGCCGGGAUCGGGGUCUGCCGAGGGCCUUCGAGAUCUUCACGGACAACAAGACAUACGUGUUGAAAGCCGAGGACGAGAAACACGCCGAGGAGUGGCUGCAGUGCAUCAACGUAGCCGUGGCUCAGGCCAGAGAGCGGGAGAACAGAGAGGCGACCACCUACCUGUGAGACCAGAUCCAACACAGACACCGGCUUUGAUGUGAAUCAUUAGUAUUCAUUUCAGUUGGAGCACGUCCUUCUUCUUCUUCUUUUUUUUUUUUUUUUUUGGUGUAUGCAUAACCAAAUGGACAGAGAGGAACUGGAAACGAUCACUACUGAUAACUUGAAGUGGGUGAAGAGCCGAGUUGGUUGGUGUGAAGUGGAUCGCCUAAACAAUGCUUUGAUAUGAAAACUCAGAGCAGGGAGGCUAAUCUCUGCAGGUAUUGUGAAAUUAUUUUGAACAAAGACUAGCUAUCUGUUCCACAUGUGGACAUCAAUCCUGCUGAAGAUGGAAUAUUGACUUGUUUAACCCAGAUUUGUUAUGCAGUAUUUUUAGUAUAUAAAAUUAAGAAACCAGCAAAAAUAGACUGUAUGUACUAUUAACUUGAAGUAUUGAUCCAGUUUUAUGUCACUGUACCUACUGUUACCUGUGGGCAAGACCUGCUUGUAUGUUACACACAUUCAUCAGUGGACCACACACACAAAACACAAAAUCUUUUAAUAUCUAUAAAUGACUCAGAUAAAACAGUAUAGAAAUUCUCAUUUUUGCUGUAUUUUACUGUGAGAUAAAUAGUGGGUACAAUGUAAAAAAGAUUGCUUUGAAGCUGAUUUAGAUUUGAUUAUUUUAUACAUCUUUUUAUGUCGACACAUUAAACUCACAAAGUUCAAUGACAAGUUACAAAAUCAGUGGAGUCAGCUGAAGUCUUAAGCUAACUUUUGGCUAACCUUUAAUAUACAUUCCUUUUUCCAAGAUGUUUAAGUAUUUUGUGACUGAUAUUUUUUUUUAUGUGCAACUUUUGCUUGCCUAAAUAAUUCCGCAUCCCAUAUUUUCAAUUCAGUUCAUUUUUAUCACCACCAUUUUUUAUGUUGAGUUCUUGAAGUAAUGUUAUUCGUAAGAGAAGCGGCUGGAAAUACAAAUGAUCCAAGUUUCUCUUUUUUACAAUCUUGUGUUGUUAUAGUAGCUUUUUUAAAAAUCUUUCUAUAGGAGAAAUGUUCUGCUGAAAUUUACUUCAUAUUUUAUAAAGAACUCAUUUAGUUCAUGGGUUUCUCCAUUGUGAAAUCCAGACCAGAAAACUUUAAGAAAACAAUUAAGUUUCAUUUCAUACCUGCUUUGAUAACUGGGAUUUUGAAGAUUUUUUUUUAUCUGCUCAAAGUCUAUAAGACACCAGUAGAUAAUAUCUCAUAAAGUCUCUUAUUUUGAUUUGAUCGGGGUUAAUAAAAUAGAGAAUUAAAAAUCUUUGGAAAAUAACAUAACUAUUGUAUACUUGUAAAUACAGUCACAGAUACACUAUGGAGGGUGUAUCUGUGACUGGGGCAAAAUAAGUAUUGGUGGGGUAUGAAGUGAGCAAAGGAGAGAACCGGCCCAGAUCCAUCUAAAACCAAAUAAACAGCAUCAAAACCAAAUGUCUAACAAAAUUUAUCUUUCAAUGUUGUUUUUCAUUCUGUUAUUUUAAUUUGAGAUAUUUGUUUUCUUGAGGGCCGAUUUAACUACCAGACCCAGAACUUCCAGCUUUUCCCAGGAUGUUACUUUUCCUUCUGAUUCUUCCCAGCUGCUUUUUUUGUGUCACUACUGUGAGGUUCAAAGCGCUCCCCUAAUUUGCAUCUCGUCUUACUGUAGUGCUUAAUUGUAUCUUGACUAGCCAUUAAUUGUGGAAAAGAGGGCUCACAUUGCUGAAAAACACACUAAAACCAAUGAUGCGGAGAAGGCAAUUACACCUUAAAACGUGAAAAAGGUCGUUACAAAGUCCACUAUGUGAGUUUAAGUUUAACAAGAUUUCGAAUUUGUUGCCUUUAGAAAAGGAGAGACGUCUUCCAGAAGUGUGAUUUCAUGAGUUAACACUGAAACAGAACAACAGACACUUCAUAGUAAAAGGGAGUUUACAACUAAAAGUCCCAAAGUAACCAGUUUUUUUUUAAAUGUGUCAACAAUCUGUCUUGAAAAUGCAAAAAGUGAAUGUAUGACGCUUAAAAUGUUAGAGACAUCUUUCAUGUGAGUGCAAUAUUGCAUUCUUGUAGUUUUAUGAUUGAGAUUCAACAUGCUGUCCAGAUAAAAUUUAACAAUUUGUCCCAAAAUGAUCACAUCCGCUUCAGCGUUCUGUACCAUUCAAGAUCAGGGUGAGCCGAUUUUGAUAACUACACGUAGUUCAUAUAUGUCUCAUGCUGGAGAUCAGCAUGACGCUGCUUUCCAUGACGAGAAUACUGCUGUAGUUUUAACAAACACUGUGAAGAUGAUUCAUGCAGGUCAUCUGAAUGUUUCAAAUAAUUUCCUUUAGCCUUGAGGAAUAUGAAUCAUAUAUACUUUUUCUUCCUUUUUGAUGUUUGAUUAAAUUUGAUUUUGAUUAAAGGUCAGUAUUUAUUAUGUGUGUUUAAGGCCUCAAACAAUGAAUGACGGAUGAAAUGUCUCCUCCUCUGUCUUAUUGUUCUCUUCCUGGUUUUAUAACUAUUAAAUUCAAGUGCAUACAAAUGAAUGCUGUGCUGUGCUGACAAUAAAACAGUAUUGUUUUGUCCGAGUAA